AUGAGUGCGGAUAAACCGGUUCAGUCACCGCAUUCGAAUAUCCGGGAAUUUCGGAGGAUCCCUGCGUUUGUGCGGAAACUCACCUACCCCGCCAGUGUGUUUGAGACGGAGCACGCCUUCAGUUACAAGAAAUCGGAAGAACCGUGCAGUGAAGAUGAUCAGCCCCUCAAGUAUUUCCGUAUCAAGCCGAAUUGCAUACAGAAGGGGGAAAUAUUUGUUCCGCUCAUGGAGUUUCCCGAGUUCGAUUUCACGCAAUUCCGACCCAGUCGGCAAGGCAUCUAUGGAAAUGUUACCUUGUGCGUGAGGAAGGCAGAAUCUCAAGACGAAUGGACUGCUGAGCACACCGGAGUGAGCGUUUCUUUCGUCUAUUCGGAACCUGAACGCUUUUUUCUGCCAAGUCGUGAAGCUCAAUUAACGGAUGAUGUUCAAGUUUAUGGAUUCCGUAUUGAAUGGGUACAUAGUGGUUCAAUGCACACUUACAUUGAUGACAAUGGCAUAUCGGUUAUCCUUGCUCACGAUGAGGCAGUCAUGAGGAUGUUCGGCAAAAAUCUUCAGUCAGGUUUGCGAUUCAAAUUUGCGCACCUCAGCACUGACGAAACCUACGAGGCCAACAUUUGUGACAAAACCAGAACAACAGAAGUUUUUGUAUCCGAAGCUGACCCAGCCUUCAAUGGAACUUCUGCGUUGCUGAGAUUCGAAUUGCCGGAUAUGCCCGAUUCUGGCUCGAGAUUCUACUUGUGCAUGCAACACACUGUGGCAGAUGGGGUCAUUUGGGUGUUGGUUGGCUCAACCCCUGGUCUAACCAUCCGAUCAUCUUCCAAACUUCUCACCACCUGGCUUCAGUGGGUUUGCAUUGCGAUGCUACUUUUGGUCUCUGGACUCUUCUCGGGACUCAACCUGGGCCUGCUUGCAUUGGACCGCACAGACUUGCAAAUCAUCUCAACGACUGGCUCGGAAAAGGAAAAGUACUACGCCAAGCAACUCAUCCCAGUCCGAAAAUUAGGCAACUACCUGCUCAGCUCAAUUGUUUUGGCGAACGUGUUGGUAAAUGCAACAUUGACAGUGUUGCUGGAUGACUUGACAUCCGGUGUGACAGCUGUUGUGCUGUCUACAGCUGGAAUCACCAUUUUCGGUGAGAUCGUACCGCAAGCUAUAUGUUCACGGCAUGGACUCGCCAUUGGUGCUUGGACACUUUGGAUCACGAAAUCAUUCAUGAUUGUCACGUGUCCAUUGUCAUUUCCAAUAUCCAAACUACUGGACUUCCUGCUGGGCGAGGAAAUAGGCAACCAGUACAAUCGGGAACGAUUGAAAGAACUCAUGAAGAUAUCAAAAGCUCGCAAUACUUUAGGUGGAGACGAGUUUGACAUUAUCUCUGGCGCAUUGGAUUUGAAGAGGAAAACCGUUCGAGAGAUAAUGACGAAAAUCGACGAUGUCUUCAUGCUUUCUUACGAUGCCGUACUCGAUUUUUCGACCAUGUCAGAAAUUCGCCGAAACGGGUAUUCAAGAAUACCGGUGUUUGACAAGGUACGGUCGAACAUCGUUGGCAUCUUGUACGUGAAGGAUUUGGUGUUGAUGGAUCCGGACGACAACACGCCGUUAAAAACGUUGUGCGAUUAUUACCGAAACCCAUGCUUCUUCACGUUCCAUGACACGCCUUUGGAUGAAAUGUUCCGUGCCCUUCGAGAAGGAGACAAAGGGCAUUUGGCAUUCGUGCAAGAAGUUGUGGAUGAUGAAGAUCACGACCCGUUCUACGAAAUAAUCGGCAUCGUGACGCUGGAAGACGUGAUAGAAGAAAUCGUUCAAUCUGAAAUUAUGGACGAGACGGAUAUUUUCAUUGAUAAUCGUUCGAAAAGGCGGAUCAAGCGAAAGAACGCCAGAACUGAUAUGAGCAUGUUUUCGCAAGCUAAGGAGAAUGUCGCAUGGAUUUCUCCUCAACUGAUCGUCGCUGCUCUUCAUUACUUGACGACGCAUGAGGAAGCAUUCAGCUCAAUGCAUGUUGCUGAAAGAAUCCUGCGGAAACUGCUACAACAGCCUAUCUAUCAUCAAAUUAAGUUGCCGAAAUCACAUGAUCAUCGUAUGUCCGAGGAUGAAUUUCUCAUCUACAAAAAGGGCAAAGUCGUGGAUUAUUUCGUUCUUAUUCUGGAAGGGAAAGCGCAAGUUACGGUGGGUAACGAAAAUUUAGCUCUGGAUGCCGGGCCGUUCUCAAGGUUCGGCAGAGCAGCGCUGGGAUUCAGUGAUAUUUGUGGUGACGCGCCAGCGCCGAACUUUUUCAUUGGAGCAUCCCCGCUUUUGCGACGUCAGGAAUCGUUAGAAGCGGAGAAUAAUUCUGAAAAACAUGGUCGCUGCAAAAACAAAGGCCAAAAGAGACAAAAACACGGUGGUGCUUUUAGCGAAGCAGGAAUGGACGAAGGGAAUCGAUGGUUUCCGAAAGUUUGCUGUUGUGACCAGUAUUACGAAGGGCAGGUGUGUGUUGAUUGCCAUGGCCGACGUAUGCUGACAACUUCGUGUCCUUCGCUGAUUGUCGGGGAACCGACCUCCGGCAUUAUUUAUUUCACCGCUGAAUACACGGUGAGAGCGGUUACGGACAUGAGUUAUCUGAAGAUUCAUUCUGCUCAAUACAUGGCUGCCAAGAGAGCCACAAUUUUGUAUAACAAGCUGAAACCGGAAUCCGUUGGACAUGAUGAUUAUCAAAUGGAAUCCGAAGUAGAAAAGAUUUGGAGAGAUGCGGAAACGUCAGUGAAUCGUAACCGACAUCCGUCAGGCGUAUCGAACAGCCCGGGAUUGGCGAUAAGGCAAGCUAGUGGACUGGCUCCGAAAUUUGAGGCUGACCUCGUCGUCCGCACGUCCCCGUCGACGUCGGGCCAUUCGACGCUCGCUGGUGGUGACGCUAUUUUUUCGGCGUCCCCGGAAGGCGGCAACGUUUACGCCAGCCCAGUGGCGUAUGGUCACCAAUCCACAAUGAGUGCCUGUAGUUCCAGUCCGGAAAGCCCGGAACCGUCCAUGGACCUAGGGGAUCUCAAGGAUUUAUAGGGGGGAUGUGUCAUCAUGGAGAUAAAUUCCUAACUCUGUAGGUUACAUUUUUUUCAUCUGUUUUGUUUCCAGGUCUUCGUAUAUUGUUUUGCUGUUAAUUACAGUCAAAUCUCGAUAAGCUGCCACCAUUUUUCGUGAGGGUUGUUGUGGUUCAAAGGGGUUGGUGGUUCAUAAAAAAACUGAAGUAACACGAAAUUGGGCAUAAUAGAAAAUUAAAAUUCGUCUUCUUCUAGAAAACAAAUAAAAGAACCCUUGGGAUGCGUAAAUUAUAUCGAGCUAAUGUUCCCAAGAAGUUAAUUAUUCCAUCUCUGUAUGUUUUUCAAUCAGAAACCUUUCGCAAAACUUGAAUCUCCUUGGCGGACAAUCGAAGACGAAAUCAAUUGGCUGGAGCAUAUUUGAGCUUUAAAUUUUGGCGAAUGGCGUUUUCGCGGAGUUUCCAAUGCUUUUAUCAUUAUUUCAUGAGGGGAAAUUUUUUUUAUAAAUCGGUGGUCGGCUAAGGGUGGCGGCUUAUCGGGGGCGUUUUGACGGGGGU